GGAAGGUAUGGCGUCGGCCUCCCUGAAGAUAUCGGCCUUUUUGACGAGAGAGAAGAUUGCAUGUACUUUAACGAUAUUUUUAUUGAUUAUGGGCAACUUGUCGAAAAAAUCAAAGGUGAACGUAACGUGGUUGAGAGCCUCCUCGUCGGCUCAAGGCCACCAGAUACUGAUUCGGUGUGGAGACACGCUAAAGACAAAGGGUUCAAGAAUAGUCCUGGUACAAUUGCCCUUGGCGAUGGCGGCUAUGAAUCAGCCCUCGAGAUAGUCCGAGAGGAAGGGUGGAAUAUGGAAGUAUGGUUAUGGAGAAGAGGUAUGAAAUAUGAUGAUUUUUCUGUCUACGGGUUUUAUUUUAAGAUCAAUUAUCUCGGUUUGGGUACCCUUUGCGCUAUAGAAAACUCAUUUGAGCUUUUGAAUGGCGGAAAAACCCUACCCUUCAUAGGGUUAUCCAAUUCAAUCAUUAUUCACGCAGAAUACAAUGAUUUUUACUGGGCCUUCACAUAUGGUGUGGAUGCGAUGACGGGGAGUAUGCCAUUGAUGUCACCGGCGUGA